AACAAAAAAAAAAAAAAACAAAAAAAAAGAAAUUUAAAUUCCAGAGAAAAGAGCUGGGAGCCUUUUCUCACGAGGAGCUGGGAGAAUGCCUCAUCUCAGCGGAGCUUUGGAUUGGAUCAUUCCACAGACGACAAAAUGCUCUUAACCAGCACUGGAUCUUCAUGUGUCAGAUAGCUCUGCAGCCGACAUGGACCGUCUGAACAGGAAUAAAGCGGAACAUGGGCGACAGACACACCAGGUCCUACAGGGAACACCUCUGGACCUGAUUGAGACAGGCAAGUCCCUGAAAGUCCAGGCAGAGCGCCCCCACCUGGUUAGUUUGGGGAGUGGUCGCUUGAGCACAGCCAUCACCUUGUUACCCCUACCAGAAGGGAGAACAACACUGGGCAGUGAGGGGACAGAUAUCCCUCUCCAGGGUCCCGGCAUCGCCCCCCAUCACUGCUAUAUUGAAAACCAGGCAGGCAGCAUCACCCUGCACCCAUGUGGACACCAGUGCUCUGUAGAUGGCCUCCCCGUCACCAAGCCGGUCCGCCUCACCCAAGGGUGCAUGCUGUGUUUUGGUCAGUCUGCCUUUUUCCGCUUCAACCAUCCAGAAGAGGCCCUGAGGAUGAAGAGCAUGCUGCCUGGAGGAAGCCACGGACUUGGCACCAGCAGAACCCAACAUACUGACACCCAUAGUGCUCUAAAUGGAAACCACCAAUCUGUUUCCAGUGAGGGCGGUGGUCACCCAGGCUCACGAUCCAGGGCCAGCAACAUAGAAAAGGACCUCCAAGACACUCUGGUGUUGAAAGACUCCCAGGCAUCGUCAUUAUCAGGGUCUCGGAAACCGGCCCAGCACCCUAAACCUCAGCCCCCUCUUCCAGCCGUGCUCAAUGGGAGAGAUGGCACCCUGCACUCUCCUCAAACCAGUGCAGCAGCCAUGACACAUGACUCCAUCUAUGAAAACACUUCAUCAUUUGUCUCCUCCCCCUCAUCAGUUACACACACUGCCACUCACUCUGGCCAGAGCCUCGGCAACAAAACCCCUCCAGUACCCGCCCGUUCCAUCAAAUCCACUCGUGCCAGCCAAACACCUGUACCCCACCCUCGGACUUCUCCUCCAGUGGCCUCAAGUGGUGCUACCAGUGGUCAGAGGGCCCAGGGCAGUCCAAAGCCUCUGAGGAACAUCCGAGCAGAGACCACAUCAAGCCCAACGCCCCCCUUCAGAGGGCCAGGUCAGGACACAGAAAACUGUAGUUCAAGUCACAGUCCAUCCCCUAUUUCUAAUCAAAGACCAAGUUCCAAAAUGUCCCCAGCAACCCCAGCCAGCCCUCGAGUAAGAGGUUCUUCCCUCCAGAAAAGAUCGCCCAGUCCCAUGGGUGAUGGGUCCACUAGCAUGAGAGAACCACCAUCACGUAGCCCUUACAUGUCCCGCAGAGGGACACCUGGAUCACAGGGCUCUGCGUCCUCCAUCGUCUCACACACCUCCACAGCUAAACCAGCCUCUGAGAGCCCUCAGGUCCAACGCAAACACACAACCUCUUCAAAAGAGGAGGCCGGGAGGGCACUGAAUGCACCGAGCCCAUCGCAAAUCUCUGGGCUCAGUAAUAGGCAGAUGAGGACCAAUACCCUCCCAGGCCUGGUUUCUCUGUCUGGUUCAUCUCCUCUAACUAGUCCUCACAGCCAAAGGAAGGCUUCUUGCGCAACAGCUACAGGAUCCUCCAACAGGGAUGCCAGUCUGAAGCCUCGUACCCGGGAACGCAAGAACAGCAUCUCUGAGAUCAGUGACAAUGAGGAUGAGCUGCUGGAAUACCAUCGCUGGCAGAGAGAGGAGAGGCUCCGUGAGCAGGAGAUGGAGAAACUGGAGCGACAGAGACUGGAGACAAUCCUGAAUCUGUGCGCAGGAUACAACCAGGAGGAUGGUGCCGUGGAGCUGAGCGACGUCGUGAGGAGAGGACUGUUCCCUCAGCCAGGCGAGGAGGGCGCUAUAGGACCCUGCACAGACACAGGAGGCGGGAUGUCUUUUCAUGGGGGAGAGAGACCCCACAGGGCAAGAGAGAAUGAGGAGGAAAACCAGAGAGAGGAGUCUAGCAGCACAGAGAGCACUCAUCAAGAGUGUGAGGAGCUGUUAGCCGGUCAGGAGCAGAUCUACCUGGAGGAGGAGAGGAACAGGGUCCUGGCCCGGGUCGAUGACAUGAAGCACAGAGUCAGUGAACUGGAGCAGCAGCUACAGGAGACCAGACAGGAGGUGGAGAUGGAGCAGGCUCUGCUGCAGGCGGAGCGGCAGGCAGAGCAGGAGCAGGUGGAGGCUGAAAGCGAAAUCAUCUCUCAGCUGCAGCUCAAACUCAGUCAGCUGGACAAGGCCACCCAGAAAGAGAAGGACAAGGGGAGGGCUAAUGUGUCGGCUGAGCGGAAGGCCCUGGAAAGGCAGAGGAAUAAGUACAAUGAGCUGAAGAGGCAGUUUGAUAAGUGCCCCUUGUCUCUAAGGGAACAGUUACAGGAGCAGCUCUGCAGGGAGGCUGAAGCUCUGGAGUCUGGGACCAAGCAGUUUGAGGACCUGGAGUUCUGUCAGCUGGAGGAGGAGAGCAGUCUGGAAGAGAAGAAGGAGACUCAGAGCUCGCAGCUUCUCCAAGAGAGAGCUGAGUAUCACCGCAGCGUGGCCAAGAGGAAGGAGAAGAUGGCUGCUCUGGAAGCUCAGGUCAAACAGCUGGGAUUGCAGGCAGCUCAGGAGUGUGAGAGGAUGGCAAAAGACAGGACACUGACUCUGCAGCUGUUGCACAAGGAGAAGGACAAGUUGUGUGCCCUGGAGAAGAGGUACCAAACCUUGACAGGAGGGAGGAGCUUCCCCAAACCAAACAGCGGUACAAAAGAGGAGUUGCUUCACAUCAGCGAACCUGACCUUUUUUAUGAGGAAGGUCCUCUUCGCAGUCCCUGUCCCUCACCUGCCUCCUUCUCCUCUCACAUCCCCUCCCCUGAACUCUGUCCUGAACCUUAUCCUGUUAGGCCACAAGAGGAAUACAUCACGGUCAAUCAGCUGAGCCAGAUCUUCGGGGGGCAGAAAGUUGAUCCCCCCCCUUCCUCGUCUAUCCAGUCAUUCCAGCGUGCCCCCUCUGACCCCGUCUUCUCAUGUCACUCCACUGCAUGUGGCCCCUCUCCCUUCCUCUCUGUGCAGAGCCAGCCUGAGCUCAGCAGGAAUGCCAUGCCUGCUCUUAACCUAGAACGCUGGUACCAAGACAUCAUGGCUGCUGGAGAAACCCAGUCAUGUCCUCCACCACUGCCUGCCAAGUCUUUUGCCACGCGCAGGCAAGGGCAGUUGUUUCAGUCCAAAUCAGAUGGUGAGGUCGGACAGGCAGCAUCAUUCGCACAUGUCAGUAGUGCUGCAGCCACUUUACACUCCAAUGGACUUGCACACGAGAAAACUGCACCCACAAAGGGUUUGCAGCUAGCGUUGAGAGAUUUGUCAGUUCCAGCAGACCUGGACUCUAUGAAGCAGUUGGCUCUGCAGAGUAAAGGUCCCUCUCCCACAGUCCACCACUCCAUCCUACACCAUCAAACGCCACCUAGCGGAAACCAGGCGUAUGACACUCUGAGCCUGGAGAGCUCUGACAGCAUGGAGACCAGCGUCUCCACCGGCAACUCCGCCUGUUCGCCAGAAAGCGCCAGUGGGCUGGAAGCCCAAAGGAUAGAAGAGAUGGAAAAGAUGUUGAAGGAGGCGCAGCAGGAGAAAGCCAGGCUGAUAGAGAACCGAGAGAGGGAGGUGCAGGCUCGGCGGCAGAUGUUAGAGGAGGAGCGGAGGAGGCGAGAGGAGGCCGAGAGGAGGCUUCAGGAUGAGACGGCCCACAGGCAGAGGCUUGUGGAGGAGGAGGUUAAGAUGAGAGAGAAGCACUUCUCCCAGGCCCGUCCAAUGACGCGCUAUCUGCCGAACCGGAAGGAGGAGUUUGACCUGCGGGCCCACGUGGAGUCGUCCGGCCACAAUGUGGACACCUGCCCCUACGUCAUCGUCUCCGAGAAGAUGUGCAAGGGACAUCUGGUCAAGAUGGGCGGCAAAAUCAAAUCCUGGAAGAAGCGCUGGUUUGUUUUCGACCGUCUCAAGAGGAACUUCUCCUACUAUGUUGACAAGCAUGAGACCAAGCUGAAAGGGCUCAUUUACUUUCAGGCUAUUGAGGAGGUUUAUUACGAUCACCUGCGUAGUGCCACCAAGAGCCCCAACCCGUCUUUGACCUUCUGUGUGAAAACUCACGACCGCCUUUACUACAUGGUGGCCCCAUCUCCAGAGGCCAUGAGGAUCUGGAUGGAUGUCAUAGUAACAGGUGCCGAGGGCUACACGCAGUUCAUGAGCUGAGGGACCACUGGGUGACAGAUCUGGAUGACGGGAGGGACCGAGCGAGCACCCAGACACCUGCGAGCCGCACUGAGCUGCUCCCAGCCGCCGCCUGUUAAGUGGAACUGGAGCUCAAAUCGAUGAGAUACGGCUCAACGGUGUGUAAUGGAUGGACAUCUGAAGGGAUGAAUAAUCUGGGGCUCUCAGAAAAAGCCUGAUGCCUUCCGGCAAAUGAGGACUUGAUAAUGAAAGAGCCGCAUUUUAAAGGAUUUAUGAGUUGCAUUUGUCUUACAGCCAGAAUGAGAAAAGAGAGUUUAUACUACCUGCCAACGGAUCUAUGAAGGGAGCUGUGUAUAGAUAGACUGAAUAAAUCACAUUCUGUUUCAGUUGCCAAAAUGUAUUAUCAAUAAUAUUUUUAUUAUUAUUAUUUAGGAGUUUAAGGAAGAACACCUUUAAAAUUUCUCUUACUUCUUAUCAUAAGUUCAAACUGUUUACACUUCUAAAGCAAUUAAACAAUUUAAACAUGUAGUAUAUCACGCUAAUUUAUGCUUUUAUUUUUCUUUUUGAUACAUUUGUACUUUUUCCCUUGAGUUCUGCAACUUUGUGUCAGCUCAAAAUGAACGAGUCUGUUAAUUAACACGCUAUAUGACUAUGAUUACCAGUGAACUUAUUUUAGUAAAUCCUCUCACAGAAAUUAUUAAUCAAGAGUCAUUUUACUUAUUCAGCUGAAACAUUACUUGGUGCCAAAUAUUGUAAUGUUUAGUUGGACUAUUACCAUGCAAAUGUUAAUAUCAGUUUUUAUAUUGUUCCAAGGGCUUUUCAUACAGGGAGAUAACACAGCAUUAAUGCAUCCGUAUUUUACACAAAUAAUCUCAUGUCGGAGAAAACAUUCUGUUAGUACUUUGACGAACAUCACAAAUAGCUGAUACAAUUCUGUAGUAAUAUUGUAACACUACCAUGUACAUCUAUUAAAUAAAAAUGUA